ACCUUCGUUUCAAAGAUCUAAAUAAUUCAAGUGUUGUGGUUUGCUCAGAAAGAAGAAGAAUUUCAUUUCAUGUGUAUCAUUUUCUUCUCCUUUUUUAAUUUUCUUUUACCUUCACACAGCUCAACAGUGGCAACCAAAUACUUAAAAUCUUAAAUUAUCUGGGAAAAUAUCAGUGAUAAGUAUCUCUUCUUCCUUGUUUUCCAAGUGAGUAUAUUUUUCACCUACUCCAUAUCUCUCUGAUCUCUGUUUCCUCGUUUCUGAUUCCGAAUAAUUAAGGCCAAUAUUCUUCUAUGUUCAUCAACUCUCUUACACAUGAAACUUGCUUUAGAUAGUGACUGAUCGUUUAGGGUCUGAAAUUUGGCAGUAUAAAGCACAAAACUCUUAAAUACAAACAGUUUUUGAAUUUUGACUUUUCAGUCUUGAUUUAAAUGCUGGCUGUGAUUGUGAAGUUAAAUGGAUAUGUAACUGUAGUUUUUAGUUCCAUUCAGAAACUUCAGCACAGAAACCAAUUGGGAUUCUUCACUUCAAUACAAUCUUUAAGUGGGAUUUAGAAGGUGGUGUCAGAUCCAGAGAGAGAUCGAAAGAGAAGGCUGGCUGCAAAUAAGUGGUGGGACAAAUUAGAUGUGGCGAUGGCGGGACAUGAGCAGCCGGGUCAAGGUUCUCGCUACUUCCAUCAACUCCUCAGGCCUGAACUGCACCUUCAGCGACCUUCUUCAAUUCCAAUACAACAAUCAACUCAACUUUCCUCGGAUUCUAAGGAUUCCAAAAAAGACGACGAACAGAAUAAUGACUUAGACGGUGGUGCUACUGCUUCCUCCAAUCGUCGCCCUCGUGGUCGCCCACCUGGAUCCAAGAACAAACCAAAACCGCCGAUUAUAAUCACUCGAGACAGCCCCAAUGCCCUCCGAUCACAUGUCCUUGAAGUCUCUUCGGGCGCUGACAUCAUGGAGAGCAUGUCAAUUUAUGCUAGAAGAAGAGGAAGAGGCGUUUGUGUUCUCAGUGGUAGUGGUACAGUCUCAAAUGUUACCUUAAGACAACCAGCUGCUCCUACUGGAAGUGUAGUCACUUUACACGGCAGGUUUGAGAUUCUUUCACUUUCUGGGACAGUCCUUCCGCCGCCUGCACCACCCAGUGCCGGUGGGUUAUCGAUAUUUUUGUCUGGAGGACAAGGACAGGUGGUCGGAGGAAGUGUGGUUGGGCCUUUGUUAGCUUCCGGUCCAGUGAUCUUGAUGGCUGCAUCGUUUGCAAAUGCAGCGUUUGAAAGGUUGCCCUUGGAUGAAGAAGAGGGGGGUGUUCAAGUUCAACCCACGGCAUCUCAGUCCUCAGGCGUGACAGGUGGCGGACAGCUCGGUGAAGGUGGAGGGAGUGGCGGCGGCGGGGGCGGUUCUUUCUAUACCAGCAUGGGAGGAAAUGUGGGGAAUUAUCCCUUUUCAAGCGAUUUGUUCGGAUGGGGUAUUGGAGGAAGUGGUUCCAGGCCUCCAUUCUAGAAAUAGGUGCAUGGAAAUUUUACAUUUUUAGUAGGAAUCUCUAAGCUUUUGAUCUUUGAAUAAUCGGUGAUGGCUUGGAUCAGAUAAUUAAAGCUGUACAUUUUUUACCCUUUUGGAUGAUCAAUUCGCCUGUUAUGUUCGAUAAACCCAGAUGUAAAUUCAUGGAGAAUCGGAUGGAAACAGAUGAAAAGCUUUGAAGCAAUGGAUUUACAGGCUCAAGUCAGUAAGUUAAACUUCAUGAAUAAAAAUUUAGCUUCUUUCCUUUAUAUUUUCAA